GAGAUGUUAGUGAACCAAUGGCUUCACUCAACUGCACAGGAGCCAUGAACUGGAAUAAAGGCGGGUCAGGGGGCAAGCGUGGCUUUGGUUUUGGGGGGUUUGCCCUGGCCUCGGGGAAGAAGGAGGAGCCCAAAGCCCAGAAGGGGUCCCACUCUGCUUUCCCGCCCCCGUCAACGGGGGUCUAUGGGAAGGGGCAGCAGCUCCCAGCGUUCUAUAAGAUUGGGUCAAAGAGAGCCAACCUGGACGAGGAGAACGCGUACUUUGAGGAUGAUGAGGAGGACUCCAGCAGUAUGGACCUGCCCUACAUCCCUGCUGAGAACUCCCCGACUCGGCAGCAGUUCCAGAACAGAACCGGGGGCUCGGACAGCGAGGAAGACCCCCUGGAUGCCUUCAUGGCUGAAGUGGAGGACCAGGCUGCCAAAGAUAUGAGAAGACUUGAAGAAAAAGACAAAGAAAAGAAAAGUACAAAGGGUAUUCGCGAUGACAUUGAGGAGGAAGAUGAUCAUGAGGCCUAUUUCCGCUACAUGUCUGAGAACCCAAUGGCGGGGGUGAUUGCGGACGAGGAGGAGGAUUCUAUCGAGUACGACAGUGACGGGAACCCCAUCGCCCCCGCCAAGAGAAUUAUCUGCCCGCUGCCCCCUAUUGACCACUCCGAGAUCGAUUACCCCCCCUUUGAGAAGAACUUCUUUGAGGAGCACGAGGAGCUGGCCAGCCUCACCCCCGACCAGGUGGUGGAUCUGAGGCAGAAGCUGAACCUGCGGAUCUCCGGUGCAGCCCCACCUAAACCCUGCACCAGCUUUGCACACUUCGGCUUCGACGAGCAGCUCAUGCACCAGAUCCGCAAGUCGGAGUACACCAAGCCCACCCCCAUCCAGUGCCAGGGCGUUCCCAUUGCGCUGAACGGCAGGGACAUGAUCGGCAUUGCCAAGACAGGCAGCGGGAAGACUGCUGCCUUCAUCUGGCCCAUGCUGGUGCACAUCAUGGACCAGAAGGAGCUGCAGCCAGGAGAUGGGCCCAUCGCCGUCAUUGUGUGCCCCACCAGAGAGCUGUGCCAGCAGAUCCACGCGGAGUGCAAGCGUUUCGGGAAGGCCUAUAACCUGCGCUCCGUGGCCGUGUACGGAGGCGGCAGCAUGUGGGAGCAGGCCAAGGCUCUCCAGGAGGGGGCCGAGAUCGUGGUCUGCACCCCGGGGCGCCUCAUUGACCAUGUGAAGAAGAAGGCCACGUCUCUGCAGAGGGUCACCUACCUGGUGUUCGAUGAGGCUGACCGCAUGUUUGAUAUGGGCUUCGAAUACCAGGUCCGAUCGGUUGCCAGUCACGUUCGACCGGACAGACAGACCCUUCUGUUCAGCGCCACCUUCCGCAAGAAGAUUGAGAGGCUGGCCCGAGACAUCCUGGUGGACCCCGUCCGCGUGGUGCAGGGAGACAUUGGGGAGGCCAACGAGGACGUGACCCAGCUGGUGGAGGUCAUGCCCAGCGGGCUGGAGAAGUGGGGCUGGCUGACCCGGCGCUUGGUGGAGUUCACCUCCGCCGGCUCGGUGCUCAUCUUCGUCACCAAGAAGGCGAACUGUGAAGAGCUGGCCACCAACCUGAACCAGGAGGGCUGGACAAUCGGGAUGCUGCACGGGGACCUGGACCAGAGCGAGCGGAACAAGGUCAUCUCGGACUUCAAGAACAAGAGCCUGCCUGUGCUGGUAGCCACCGACGUGGCAGCCCGUGGUCUGGACAUCCCCUCCAUCAAGACCGUGGUGAAUUACGACGUGGCCCGUGACAUCGACACGCACACCCACCGAAUCGGGCGUACGGGGCGAGCGGGGGUGAAGGGCGUGGCGCACACCCUGCUGACACACAAGGACACCACCUUCGCAGGAGACCUGGUCCGCAAUCUGGAGGGAGCCAACCAGAGCGUGAGCAAGGAGCUGAUGGACCUGGCCAUGCAGAACCCCUGGUUCCGGAAGUCCCGAUUCAAAGGAGGGAAAGGGAAGAAGCUGAACAUCGGAGGCGGGGGGCUGGGGUACAGGGAGAGGCCUGGCCUGGGAGCAGACACCUCGGAGUGCAGUGGCAGUGCUGUGAUGAGCAACUAUGAAGCGUACAGGCCUACUUCCGGAGCCAUGGGGGACCGCAUGUCAGCGAUGAAGGCUGCUUUCCAGUCUCAGUUCAAGAACCAGUUUGUAGCGGCCUCGGGUUUCCCUCCGAAGCUGACCCCUGCCAACAGCAGCUCCGAGGGCUGGACCAGCGCGGGCAGCCUGAGCUCCGUGCCCACGGGGACACCCCAGGGGGGGCCAGGCCAGGAGAGGCUGCAGGCCACGCCCUCGGGGGGUGCUCCAGGCUCCCUGGCACCGGGGGGCAGGAUGACAGGCUUCUCCAGCGCCGGGACCCUCCGCUCCCUCCCCGAGAGCUACGCCGUCCCAGAACCCCCUCCCCCUGCCCCGCGAGAGGCCAGCAAGGAGCGCCACGGAGACAGCAGGGGGCGCCACGCAGACAGGGACCGCCACGCAGACAGGGAUCGCCACGGAGACAGGGAGCGACAUGCAGACUCCAGCCGACAGGGAGCGGGAUACGGCAGCAGCAGCCGCCACGGAGAAAGUCGCAACGGGGAGAGCAGCCGGAGAGACAGGGAGGGCCGGGGGGAGAGAGGGAGCAGCGACAGGGGAGGAGAGAGGGGGGGAGGGAGGGGGAAUGAGAGGGGGGGAGGGAGGGGGAAUGAAAGGGGAGGGGAGAGGGGGAACGAAAGAGGGAAGGGGAGGGGAGAGGUGGAAGACAGUUUUGCUAUCCCAGAUCCCCCCAAGCGCAAGAAGAGCAGGUGGGACAAUUGAGGUGGAAGGAAAGAAGGAGGACACAUGGCUGGGCUGGUCACUUUAUUAGCUAAACCACCCCCAUGUUGUUAGAAUGAGCCCAAUCUAAACUUUUUUUUUUUUUUUCUCUCAAGUCAGAUCUGCCACAAUUUUAAUUUUUUUUUUUUUUUU